AUGUCCGACCUUGAUGUCGCCAGUCACUACAACCUCCCCUCGGAAUUUCCAGAAGAGUGGCCGGCAGCGCUGGAUGAAGCCGACCAGUCCGACGAGGAACCUGUCCAACGAACCAAAUCGCGCCCUCGCAAAUCGCGAUACUUCGCUUUAGAACGUACGCCAAGUGAUUGGAGGAGUAACUUUGGAUCUCGCCGGGGGAAAGAUGGAAGAGACAAUGCUCAGAACGACGAACCUGAUCCUCUGGGAGCUGGCGAUAGCGUCUUGCGCAUUCUGAAGCAGAGAGGGCUGCGCCUGGAGGACGAAGGGGGUAAGCGAUCACGGUUUCUGCUUUCAUCGACCUCAUUCUCGCCCGCCCUCUUUCUCUCUCAAGCACACCACUCCGACUCGAUCGAAUCGCUGAUUGAUGGCCUCGACCACCUGUCGAAUUCCAUCGAUCAGAAGUCCGCGUCCUUGAAGGUACUGGUUGAGGCCAAUUUUGAGCGCUUCGUUCGUGCGAAAGCCACCAUCGACAGUGUAUACACAGAAAUGAGAGAUCAGGGAACCACGAAGGAACAAACGCUAUCUGCCCGCCGGUCGGGACACUUCCGAAGCUACUCAGGUCAGCAGCGUGGACCAUCCCCUGCCCUUACCACGGCAACGACGGGGACUCGGAAGAAUGCACUCACAAAAGAGAGUGAGUUUGGUAUGAAAGGAAUCCGUGGCCCCUUGGUCGAAGCUUCCGUCAAGGCAGAGGAAGUGUGGGGGCCCGCCCUCGGAGGUCGUGAUCGAGAGCAGAUGCUCAAGUCUGUUGUGGACUCCAUGGAGAAACAUCGCGAUGUAUACGAAAUUGGAAGUCAUCUAUCCAAAUCUAUUCAACAACGCGACUACGACUCUGUUUUCGAACAAUACACCAAGGCCCGGACAUUGGCGAAUAGGGCGAAGAAUAUCGUGGAGCAGGCAUCCAGCACGCACCGACAACUGGCCGAUCACGAAGCGCAUACAAUUUUGGCCAUGGGGAGAAUGUGGAUAGACGUGGAUCAACAAAUUCAAGCCUUCAAGCGGGAUCUUUGGAGACGACUCGGCGACGCACCGACAAUCUCUCCUACCAGCACAGCUGCGGGUCCCGUAGAAGAGCAUAUGGAAUUGAUCGGAGCUUUGCUUGAACUCGGCGUCGAAAACAAUCCUAUUUGGACAUGGCUUCACAGCCGCUAUGAAUUCCUCAAGUUAAAGAUCACGUCAUUCUGUGAGCGCUGCAAAGUCGAGAUUGAGAUCUUGCGACGGCGACUUGCCAACGGGGAGGCGCCAACUGCUCAGGUCACCGCAUCUUAUCUUCGCUUGGCCCCUCGCGAGGGCGCAUCUGAAUUCCCAGAAAGGCUGGACUCGGACCACGUCAUUGAGCUUUGGGAUUGUGUCCAAGCAUUCCUUACCCGUCUUCUGUCCUCGCAAAGUGGGUUACUUGGCGAGGUUCUUGACUAUUGGGAAGUUACCCAGUCCUUCAUUGAUGGUAGCCGGCAAAGACUCCUCCCUGUUGGGUUCGAAGGUGAGAGCCGCAAGCACCACCGACUUACCCUCGAGAACGUGGAGGAGCUCGAGAAGGGCGUUGUAGAACUGGUGAAUCUCAUUCGAGAAAAUGUUUUCUCUAUCUUCAAUGAGUCUCCUACCGAAGAUAUCUCCCUUCUCUCAUCUCCUAUUCCGCCAAGUCCUACUAGCCCAGCAUCCAGAGGAGUCACUCCCACCGAAUCUCGGUUUAAGCUAGACCCCAAGAACCUCCCCAUUCCAGUUCCGAAACGAGGAGAGUAUUGGGAAGACUUUGCUUUCUGGCCUCCUCAUUCAAACUCCCUUAGUGGAGUGCAUUACUUGAGCAAGUUCCUUGCUAUUGUUGGCACCGCCGCUAGCGAGAUGGCAGCAUUACGUCCCGUGGGCACUGCAGGAUCCACUCACGAUCUUUUGAAGUCUCUUAUGAGCGUCUCUCGAGAACGUUCGACACGUGUGGCAUGCUCCGCUUGGAGUAAGGAUGCCGAAGUUUGCAAGUUGCUGGAGGACUGGACGCGUGACCCGGUCAAACGAGACCUGACGAAAAUGCCGGGUUUGUUUGUGGCCUACGAAGGUGCCAUCCUCGGAGGUAUGCAAAAAAUCUUGUAUGUCUCUGAGGCUGCCACAAAGUCCGGAUCGGUUGAUGUUGUUACCCAACCACCUGCGAAAAUGCUUCAGAUGGUGCGCGCGCAGUUUGUAUCGAGUGUCUACAAAGCACUCAGUGGCCUGGUCGAAAAUGCCGAACGCCUGACCGCUUCUGAUGAGGAGAACGAAUGGGUUAUUUCCAGACCAGUAAUGACUAGCCAGGCAAUUGAUGCUGCUUUGUCUGUCCUCACUGCUGAUUCGGUGGACUCUUCAAACAGGGCAAGUAAUGUGCGCAUCCUUCUCACACUCUCGAAUCUCAAGGCUCUCCAGGCCGAAUAUGUCCCUCAGUUGAUCGCCAACUUCGAGACGUCAUUUUCGGUCAAGUUGACCGAGGAAGGCAAGACAGUUCGGGAUGUCCUCAGCCAGAUUGAGGAUCGACUAUUCCAGUCAUAUACUAAGCCCACUAUCGCUGCACUUGAUGACACAAUCCAAAAAGGCAUCACUUCUGCCGACUGGGUCCCCUCGACCGACCGACCGGAGCAGGUCCGGCCUUACGUGUACAACACCAUGCUGACCUUGGUGCUGGUGCACACGGAGAUCUCGACCACCGUACCUUCUACGAUGUCGUCGACUUCCAGUCGCUCUUCACCAAAUGCCCCAUCCUCUUUGCUGGCGACCAUCCUUACGCAUCUCUUGGUACAGGUUUCUUCGUCUCUGCUCAAUGCGUUCAGCUCUCGGUCUUCUUUCUCGCUCCCUGCUUUGAUGCAAGCCACGUUGGAUACCGAGUUCAUUGCCCAAACACUCUCCCAGUAUUCGACUGAGGAAGCAUCCAACAUCCAAAGCCAGAUUUACGUGGAACUGGAUCGCCGGACUACAAACGAAGCUCGCAUCAAACUCCAGGCUGAACUGGGCGAGAUGAGAGUGGUGUUGAAGCGACUGAGAGACCGUACGAAGGGAGAAUUCGCCUGCUUCAGGAAGUCCCGUAGUGGCGGCGGAACUGGGUCGAAAUCAUCAACCGCAACAUAG